UGAUGCUCCAUCACUAUCUUCUCCUCCUCUAUCAAUUAUCGGUAUAAUUUCGUAUUUUACUUAUAAAUAAGUGUCGAAUUUUUGUUUUAGAAAUUUGGAAUUAUGAUAGUUAUAUAACUAAAUUCUUUUCUUAUGAUAUGAUGUAGAGGAAAGCAGGCAAUCUUUAACAACUAACAUUGAAAAUGAUCCAGUUGGUGUCAGUAAUGCUCCUUCAUUAUCUCCACCCGCUUCAAAUGUUGUUGGUAUGAUUCUAUACAUUUUAACUAAAUUUCAAUAAAAGUUUUAUUUUAAUAAUUUUGAAGUAUAAUAGGUAUGCAUAUGAAUGCUUUUGUUAUUUUAUAAUUUUAAUGGAACAAAGACGAUCUUUGAGGGCUCACAUUGAUAAUGAGUUAUUUGGUGCUAUUAAUGAUUGCUCACAAUCUUCGCUUCCUCCAACUUCUUUUACUGGAGUAAAUAAUCAAUCUGAUAGAAAUCCUUGUCAACCUGAGAUUGAGACAAGUGGAAGAAGUUCAAUGAAUUUUGGAGGAUGUUUGGCUAGUGGUAGGGGAUUGUACAAAGGCAUUGAUCUUGAUAAGUUGACAAAUGGAAAGAAGGACAAGUUGAUUAUCUUCAUACCCCCAAGAAAAUAUUUUCGACCAAUUGGUGAACAUGAAAGAAAGUUGGCAUCAUGGUUAGGAUAUUGUGCAAGAUCUUGUGGUCCACCUAAGGAGCCUUGGAAUGCUAUUGAAGCUUGAUAUCAUACUCAUUUAUGGAGUAUGAUUCAGGUUAACUUCAUAUGCUUUUUUAAAGUUUCUUGUUUAAAAAAAUUCUUUUUAUCCUUUAAAUCAUAUCACAUUAUAUUUUAUUAUAUUCUAUGUUAAAUUGCCAAAUAAGAUGAA